GCCGUCGUCCCGCUGUCGUCACGUCGCACCAAGCCACCGAAGGCGGCUGCAGGCCGUCCAAUACACGAGUGAUACGAACUGGGCCAGUCUCAAAACACCGAUAAAGUAACAGUAAUCGGCCCACUACAAGGGACGAAUUACUUGCUGUCAAAGAAGGGACGAAUUACUUGCUGUCAAAGAAAGAAGGGACGAACUGCUUUCACUUUAGCGUCCGUGUGUGGAUGCGGCGGGCGUGCGACCGUUUUACUUCGGAAUCCGCCGCGCUCCGUGAUUGGACUGGCCGUUGAGGUUGAACCGUUGCAGUGCCUGCCUCGGGAACUCGAACCGCGCAUCGUGUCCAUCCAUAUAAACGCUCGCGAACACGGCGUGCACACGAACACGUUACCUACCGAGUACUGAUCGAACUGGACCGCCCUUAAACCCUACGGCGCCGAUCAAGAAGCAAGCAUCGUCCGGAAGCCACAAUGGCCGCCUCCUCCUCCUCCUCCAACGUCCGCGGGCUAGAGGAGACAGACGACGGCUGGGUCCUCCUGCCCCCGGUCGCCGCCAACAAACCGAGGACGAGGGACAAGCCACCCAGGACCCCGCCGCCACGGCCGCAUACCACGACGCCUAGCCCGUCCACGUCGACAGCCUCUGGUUACGAAUCAGCGUUCGACCCGGCCCCGGACGACAUCGUGGGCCGGUACCUGCCGCUGCGCAGGGCGCUGCGGUGCGACGGCCUGCCGCGGCAGAUCCACGACGCCGACGUCUACGGCGCGCACCACCCGGCUUUCCUCGCCGCCGUGUACCCGCCCGCCAACGACCGGUUCGAGCGGCUCUUCUUCGCGUGCCGCGGGCGAGAACACGCGGGCGGACGGCAGCGCAGGGCCGGGCCCGGCGCGUACCGCCUCGCAAGCGAGACCAAGCUGCCUGGCCUCGGCGGCAGCGCGUACUGCCACGCGUUCCGGUAUUACGAGGACGCCGCCGGGUCGUCGGGCUCCGAGACGGCGAAGGAGACGGAGUGGCGCAUGGACGAGUUCUGUGAUGACCACCGCGGCUCUGCUUCAGGGGCCGCGUUCGACAUGGUGGUCUGCAAGGUCUACACGGCGCGCGGCGGGGCCGUGCACCGGAGGCUGCAGCUCGCCUCGCACUCGCACUCGCGCCGUGACGCUAAUAACAAUAAGCCGCAGGUGCUCGUCCAGCUCUACCUGGACAGUCUGAAGCUGGGCGACCCGCGCCGGUGCCGGAUGCACGCCAUGGACGAUGUCUUUGUCUGCGGCGCGCACCCGGCGGUGCUCACGGCGGCAUUCCCGGUGGCCAACGACAGGUGCGAGUGGUUCUUCGCCGCGCCACGUCGGAAGCGCGCCGCUAACGGAGAUGAGGAGGAGCGGCCGAGGAGGGCCGGGCCUGGGGCGUACGUGCCUGUGCGCGAGUUCCGGGUCGCCAAGAGCGGCGAGGACGGGGACGUUGGUUAUCGUCGGGUUUUCCGGUACCGGGACGACGACUCGACGCUGAGGCGGGUGUCGCGGACGGAGUGGUGGAUGGAGGAGUACGGGUUCGGGAAGGACUUCCCGUACGGCGACCUGCCCGGGGUUGGGGACGAAGAAGAAGAAGAGCUGGUGGUGUACAAGCUGUACAUGAAGAUGGCUGGAGACCGGGCGUAGAACGUACGCUUGGGUUACCAGACUGGAGUAAAAUUGUUCUGCAGAAUCUGAAACUAGAUUUAAUGCAAUUUCGCGUAUCAAACUUUUGGCUUGUGCACGACUUGACGCAUGAAACUGAAUAUGAAUCCAGUCUCAGCGUUGAUGGCUCCCUUCCGAUGUUCCAAGAGAGUAAUAGUUCAGACAUAUGGCAUAAGUAUACCAAAAGAAAGACAAUCAUUUGGGGUUGAUAUCACGAAGGUAAUCUGAUUUAUGCAUAAAGGAGUUUUAACACGUCGAUUUAACAGUUACAGCGGACAUACUCGACAGCAACAAGUCCAGAACUUGGGAAUCAUCCACCAUUAUUUCAUUACACGGGAACCCUGUGGUAACAUACUAACACGUCGACGAAGACGACUCGCAGAUCGAAC